CCGGCCUCUGCGAGUGGCCACAGGAUCACGUGCUGUGCUUCGUGAGAACUCCUUGUUGCUUCCCACUUACGUAAUUUGCCGCUCGGCGUCUCUUUUUAGCUGCUCUUCUUCUUCGCAUUUGUAUGCGCAUUAAUAGCUCUGCGAAAGCCGACGCACGCUACCUCGAUCUCGUCGUCGUCCCAAAUCUCUGUGAUUAAAACACGCGCAACUAACGUCAGCAGAGCAGGAGAGAGACAGAGAGAGGCUCCACGCGCGGUUGGUGGAUUUAUUGCUUCGCUUCAGUUCAUACCAAAUCCAACAUUCUCCUCUGCUGCCUCUUUCUUGCUUCUACGCACGCUCUCCGCCUCCUGCUCGCUCUUGCAUGAGGAUCGACGAGCGGAAUGGAAGAAUGUUUGUUUGCCAGGGAAUUGAGUGGUGGUGGAAGCGAGAAGGCGCAGCAGAGAAAACAGAGUGAAACGUCGGCGGCGGAGGCGCUGAGUUGCCCGCGGUGCGAGUCUACGGAAACCAAGUUCUGUUACUACAACAACUACAGCAAGCUGCAGCCGCGGCACUACUGCCGGGCCUGCCGCCGGCACUGGACCAACGGCGGCGCGCUCCGCGACGUGCCCGUGGGCGGCGGCCGCAAGAACAAGCGCAUCAAAGGAAGCCCAGGGAGCAAGCGCACCGACGUCACGCUACCGGAGGAGGAGGAAAACCACAGUAGCAGCAGCGGCGCCUUGGCUUCCAUGAACGCGGCGCCGGAGAGAGGACUCGGUUCCCUGUUCUGUCCGGAGCCGGGCAUUCUGGGGGGCAUUCCCUUCUCGCCCUUGCUCUACGAUCACGUCGGUCAACAGGACGGCGGGCUCUUCGCGAUGGAAAGCGCGACGAGGCAUCUGUCGCCGGCGAGCAACUUGAGCCACUGGGACGACAUCAUCGACCUCGUCAACCUCGAACUCAAGCCGCCGGCCUCCGAGCUUACCGAUCACACUUUGACUUAUCGAUGAUCACAAAUGACGCUGUUGCUGGGAUUUUUUGUAACAGAGGUUGGAACAAUUCGGAGCUCGGGUUAUAAAUUGCCUUCAUGGUUGCGCAGGCAAACAUUAAAUUUCCAAGAUCGAUCGAAGUUACUGAGCCUGAUCGACAUCUGUUUCUCAUUUUCAUUUACAUCUCUCCAUUUUCAUGUUUUUUUUGUUGGGAUUUACCUAGUAUUGGACGAUCAAGACUGCAAGUUUCCAA